CUUUAGCCGAAACAUUAAUGAAGCGGAUGCCUACGGAAGAUGGCGGACUUAUCGACCAAAAGCUUUGGUCUGCAGAAAAAAUUAAAAUGUACCACGAAGCGGAGGAACUGAGAUCUACGAAUUUUGGAUUGCAGCUUCUGCAUGUCAUAAGCACAUCCUACCAUAGGUCAUCAGAGUUCGUAUAUCGACUUUCCCCAGUCCUACAUGAUGAUUUAUUGGCUCAGAGGGAGCGUGCAUAGCAAGCAUAGCCACACUCACGCCCAAAAGGUUGGGAGUAGUAUUCGAUCAUUGAUACAAGAUGUGAGGAUUCUGGAAGACAAACUCGAUAACGUGGAAGACGAGGACGAGAAACGAGCACUGGAAGAAGACAUCGCAGGCAAGAUCCUACUGGCAUGCUGGCGGGGAGUACGCUCCGAAAUCGAGCAAAUCCUAUACAGAGUCGCGAACCACAUUGUUACCGACGCAAGGGUAGAGCGGGAUGGUCGGAAACAACGGUCUAAGCUUCUUAGGGAAGUAGGAGAUGUUUUUAAGCAUGCAACAAAUGACGGCCAUGGUGAGAGUCGAGGUUGUCAUUUACGACGAAUCGUUGUUGAUGCAGAGGAGAACACAUCCAAGUAUGAAUUACUACUUACAAGUCGUGCCGCGCCGCGUACCAUGCAGAGGCCGGGGGGUUCUCCUUCGAUAGAACAACUCCCGGAAACGAUAAUAGGGGAUGAUGGGGGAAAGGAUGACUGCCUUUGCUGAGGUGAUGGAAUUGGGGCUAUACGCCGAGCGCUACGGGAUGCAACGUUUCUGCUGCCCCCUAGACCCUCGAGCAGGGUUUCCUAGCACCAAUGCUCUGUUGGUACUUUUUUUCGGAAAGGUUUGGCGCUACAACGACUGUUACGUCUCAACCUGGACCUCCCACUGUGACCUGUGAUCAGACCCUGUGAGCUACGUGGAUAUACUUAGUUUUUGGUGCAGUACGUC